AUGGAUUUUGACAAAAAACGUCCUGCAUUGGAAAACAUAAAAAAGGAUGCCAGCAAGAAACCUUUUGAUAAAAAAGCAUAUCGUUUAAAGAAAUACAGUAAAAAGUAUAAAUUAGAACAAUGGGAGGAGCAGAGAAAGAAAAAAAUGCUCUAUGAUUAUCAUAAAAGUAUCAAAAAUGACCCAAUGCUUGGUUCUUACAAACCAAAAUCUUUUGAUGAAGAUACUAUUGAUUCAAAUGAACAAAAUGUUGGUAAGUUUGUAAGACACCCUGAUUUAAUUGAAAAAGAAAAUAUAAAAAAACAAACAGAGAAAAGUAAAAGAGACCCUUUUUACAAAGCGAAACAACACCUUGAAAAGAUUAAACAAGAGAAAAUGCAGAAGCAGCAGGAAUUAGAGAAAUCCAGGGUGGAAAGAGCACAGAAGCUGGAAGAAUAUAAGAAGAAAAAACAAGAAAGGUUUAAGAAAUUAAGCAAGAAAACAAAGAGAGGACAGCCAGUGAUGACUGGAAGACUGGAAUUGCUGUUGGAAAAGAUUCAGAGCACA